AUGGCUAACAAACUCAAUGAAUGCUAUGCCUCGCUCAUCAAAAAAUUUAUUCUUAUUGCUCUCUCUUAUGCAGGCCCAUAUCCAGGGGAGCUGAUGCCUGAAAGCACAGGCAGAUUUGGACAAGGUGUCUCUGAGGCAAAACGUAUCUUUGGAGCAAGAGCGUAUAUGGAAAAUUUUGACCCAGAGGUGACCAGGAGCCGGGGAGCGGAGGGGGAUCUGUGCCCGGGGGGUCCCGUGGCUCAGCGAGAGGCCGAGGCCUCCACGGAGGAGGAGGAGGAGGAGGAAGUGCUGGCCUUGGAGCUGCCCGAGGAGGACAGCGAGGAGGAGGAGGAGGAGGAGGAAGGCGACGAGGAAGAGGGGGAGGAAGUGCUAGGACUGGAGCUUUCCGAGGACCACAGCGCGGAGGAGGAUGGAGGAGGCAGUGAGGAGUCAGAGGAGGAGGAGGAUGAAGGCGGGGAGCUGUCCAUGGAGAGCGACCUGGAGGAGCGCGGCCACGACACUGAGGUGCCCCACGAGCUCUCCUGGGGCCAGCGCAAGCAGCUCUACUACGACACGGACUACGGCAGCGAUGCCCGGGCCAAGGCCAAGCGCAGCCGCCAAGAACUCGAUGCCGAGGAGGAGGAAGAGGAAGAGGAGGCCCAAGUAAUCCAGAAGCGGUUGGUGCAGGACUUGGGGGAGGAUGACUAUGGGCUGGAUGUGAUCCAGGGUUACCUGGCAGAGCAGCAGAAAGCCCAUCAGGCUGACAAAGGGCAGAAGAUUGCCAAGGAUUUUCAGGCCCUUUCCAAGAAAGAGCAGCUGAAGCUGCUGAAGCAGGAGUCCCCGGAGCUCCUGCAGCUGCUCGAGGACUUUGAGGUCAAGUUAAUGGAGCUCAAGGAUGAACUACACCCACUGCUGCAAAUGAUCAAAAAUGGCACAAUCCCGCAAGGGAAAGGCAGUCGCUAUCUGCAGACCAAGUAUCAUCUCUACCUGAAUUAUUGUGCCAAUAUCAGUUUCUAUUUGGUUUUAAAGUCAAAGAGGAUGCCAGUUCAUAGUCACCCUGUUAUCGAAAGACUGGUUGAUUACAGAAAUAUAAUCAAUGAUCUAGCUGUUGUAGAUGAAAAGUUAUCCUCAGAAGUUCGUCUGCUUCUGAAAAAAUAUUACGACAAGAAGGAAGAUAGACCACGAGAACAGAAGAAGUUUGCAGUGCUUCUUCCGCAGGCUGCUAAUAAAAACAAACCAAAACUUGCCCCUGCUUUUCCUAACGGCCGGCGUAGUGCCAGUGAGCCGGCAGAUGAGUCGGACUUGGAUGAAGAAGCUGCCCUACGAUAUUAUAAGAUGAUGGAGGAAAAGUUGAAACUCAAGAGGAAGAGAACUGAAGACCAGGAUAUGCUAGAAGAAGAACUGGUGCAGGAAGAAGAGGAUCCAAAUAAAAAGAGAGGGGUAACCUAUCAGAUGAUCAAGAACAAAGGCCUCACCCCCAGAAGGAAGAAGAUCGAUCGUAACCCUCGGGUCAAGCAUCGGGAGAAGUUCCGGCGGGCCAAGAUCCGCCGGAAGGGCCAGGUCCGCGAAGUGCGGCGGGAGCUGCACAGAUACGCUGGCGAACUGUCUGGUAUUCGUGCGGGAGUUAAGAAAAGCAGAAAGCUUCAAUGACUUUUUUUUUUCCCCCUCUGUUUCUGAGAGCACAGAGUAACAGUUCUGAAUGCAAUAAAAGUUUUGUAAAGGAUAUUGUAAAGGAUAUAUAUAUUUUUUUAAGAGGAUGCUUUUCAGAAGGCACCAUUUCUAAAAGUAGCCCAGUGCCCCUUCUUCAUCCUGCCUGUGUGUUAGUGUUUUCCUCUACUGCGAUGCUGUCACCUCUCUAUGAUAUAACAGGGGCUUUGCGAGAUGGCAGGGCAUAUGUUAAACGGAGGCGAUGACAUGGAUCAUGUGGGACUUCACAGGGGAGGAACAGAAGAACUUGGGGAUCCGGGAGGGACAGAGGGACUCCUGAGGGUGGGUUGAGAAAGGGAAUCGUGCAGCUGCCACUACCUUCUCCCUCCUUUUUACUGUGUUACUCUGAUCCAUCUUCCUUCUGUGCUGAGCUGUAGAAAGAGAUACAUGGUUAUGGCAUUUCUCCUAUUUUUUGCUCCAAUUAGCUUAUUCUGUUGCUCAUACGGAUAAGAAUAAACUGAUUUUAGGCUAUUGUAAAGCUUUUGAACUUACUAACCAAGCUGUUACCUUUCAUCCCAUAUGGCCUGAGAUACUAUUUCCUCUCCCUCUAAGUUCAGUGAGAAAUGAAGCAGGGUUUCUUCUGGAUUUUGUAGUUACCUAUCUUUGAUAAGUAUGUUAAUUGUCUGCCAUUAUAGAUCUAGCAUACUUAGCAU